AGAAGAAAGAACUAAGGAAGAAUGAGAAGACGAAAGAGAAAACAGCUGUCAUUGUUUCAGCCUAUACAAAAACCGUUGUGAAUCAAUCAAUCUCCUUCAUCUUCAUCCUCUCUUCUCCUCAGAUGAUGACGAUGAUCGAUAAACCUUUGGAUUCGACGAACCACGUCGUUGAAGAGAUCAUGAGAAUCCACAGAUCCUUACCUCCAAGACCAGACAUCGACGACGUCGAAGCCGCCACUUCUCUCAUACACAACGUCGAAAACGACGAUCAGAACCGCUUGGACGCCAUUGACAGACAGAUCAGAACCUCCGACGUGCCUCGGGAGCUUUUCGACGUGUUGCAGGAGAUGAGGAGAGGUUUCGUUCGUUUCCAGAGCAAAGAACAGAAGAGAGAAGCCACGAAAGUGCUCGAUCUCGAAUCUGCACACGUGGUGUUCGACGAAUUGAUUCAGAGAGCUUCUCAUUGCGUUGCUUCUCCUCCUUCCUUUGAUACCUCUCUGUCUCGGCCUCCACCGGUUGUUUCUCCGGCGAGUUUGUGUUAUUCCGAUCAGACUCAUGCCAAGUCCAAGGAGAUGUUCACGCGAGAUGAUACGUUUGUUACUAAGGUUAAAUCUUCGCUGUAUAGUGACGGUUUCUUAGCUCCUCGUAAGCCUCAGGCUUUGGAUUCAACACUUCAGGCUAAGAAAGUCACUGGCCAGGAAGGGGAGAAGAUGAGUCUCAUAAAGCUUGCUACUUUGAUUGAAGUGUCUGCCAAGAAAGCUACUCAGGAGCUGAAUUUACAGCACAAGCUGAUGGAUAAUCUCGAGUGGCUUCCAGAUUCUAUAGGCAAGUUAUCGAGUCUAGUUAGGCUGGAUCUGUCUGAGAAUUGCAUUAUGGCGCUGCCAGCGACUAUAGGAGGGCUUUUGUCUUUGACGAGGCUGGAUUUGCAUUCGAACAGAAUCGGUCAGCUCCCUGAGUCUAUAGGAGAUUUGAUGAACUUGGUCAACCUGAAUCUUAGUGGAAACCAGUUGACGUCUCUGCCAUCAUCGUUCAGUAGAUUGAUCAAUCUCGAGGAGCUUGAUUUGAGCUCUAAUAGCCUGUCUGUUCUCCCUGAAACGAUUGGUUCUCUCGUGGGUCUCAAGAAGCUUGACGUUGAAACAAACAAUAUCGAGGAGAUUCCGCAUAGUAUCUCAGGUUGUUCUUCCUUGAAAGAGCUCCGUGCAGAUUACAACAGGCUUAAAGCUCUUCCGGAAGCUGUUGGGAAGAUAACUACCUUGGAGAUUUUGAACGUUCGUUACAAUAACAUCCGGCAGUUACCUACGACAAUGUCCUCCAUGGCUAACCUCAAAGAGCUAGAUGUGAGUUUCAACGAGCUCGAGUCAGUACCAGAGAGCUUGUGUCAUGCUACAACGCUUGUUAAGCUGAACAUUGGGAACAAUUUUGCCAACCUGAGAUCACUACCGGGGCUAAUAGGCAACCUUGAGAAGCUGGAAGAGCUUGAUAUGAGCAAUAACCAGAUCCGUUACCUUCCUUACUCUUUCAAAGAGCUUUCACAGCUGCGUGUUCUUCACACACAUCAAAAUCCACUUGAAGAGGUUCCAAGGGAUAUAAUCCAAAAGGGAGCUCAGGUUAUUACUUUAUCUACGUUUAGUCCUUUUUGUCCUGUCUUUGCUUGUAUGGAUGAUUGAUUGUAUUAUUAUGUUUGUCAUCCUCUCAGGCCGUGGUUCAGUACAUGAAUGAUCUAGUGGAGGCAAGAAACAGCAAAUCUCAAAGAAGUAAGCAGAAGAAGAGCUGGGUCGACAGAAUCUGCUUUCUCUGCAAGUCCACGAACAAGAGAACAGGGAGCCACUCUUGAACAAAAUCUGACUUCUUACCAUCAGGUUGAUUUCUUGCUUACAACACAACUCCUGAAAGUCUAAUCAAAGAUCCCAAUGUAUACUUUCUUGUAUUUGUUCAUACCUGACUAGAUCAUGAGGAAAAUGUAAUUCAAUUGCGUCAUCUCUCAAAGUGUUUGUAUUCUUGUUUCCCUUGUUGUAACUUUCUUCUUUUUGAGUGCUGAAUUGUAAUUCAAUGCUUGUUUCGUUUUAAUGUACCAAAACAUGGGCUGUGGAUAUUUACCUUCAUUCUCUGAAGUAA